AUGUCCAACGAUCGGCCACGUUCCUCGGCUUCAUACGCGUACUAUUCCUUCCCACCCACUCCUAACCGCUCAUCACCAACCAAUUCGCAGUCUUCCAAAACACCUUCUCCUCAGACUGCCCGUUCCACCAAAUCUCCAUCCCAACCGAAAUCAAUUCCAAAGUUAGACUCAUCCAAGAACAUGGCGCCCUCACCUGCAGCGGGCAAGAAGCCACAAGCCCCUACCACUCCUACAAAGCAGGGCAAGAACCCCGCUUCUAGUGCGACCUCCAAACUCGGUCAAUCUCAAAGCGCAACUGACCAAGCAUCAGGCGCUGGCGACAAAGCAAAAUCUGCAACCAACACACCUCAAAAAGCCGCUGGCGGUGCUGCCGACAAGGCAAAGGGAGCAGCUGGUGGUGCCACAUCCUCACCCAAAUUGCCACCACGGCCUAAAGCUGGUCAAGCGCAGCAGGCUGCUUCAGGCGGGCCAAAGAACACACCUCUCAAAAAUACACCUAAAGCACCAGCCGCCGCACAGAAACCAGAUGAAGAUACCAAGAAGAAAGCGGAAGAUACAACAGGUGCGGCAAAGGAUAAAGUCGAUGACGCAGCAAACGAUGCCGACAACGAGGACACGGAUGCACCGGGCGGCAAAGUCGCUGGAAACGAAACUGGCGACGACGUCAGCUCAGCUGUCUCAAAUGCUGGUGGAGAAGCGGAAGAAGUGACAGCCGGCGCACAAGAAUCUGGACCAGAUAUCGAGACAGCCGACGACACUGCAGAGGAGACCGCCGAAGAGACUGCUGAUGACACAGCCGACGAAGGUGGUGCCGUCGGAGAUGCAGCUGGCAAGGUCAAAGACACAGCAGAAGACGCGGCAGACGAUGCCAAAGACACCGCAGAAGAUACAGCGGAAGGUGCUGAAGACACUGCAGGAGAUGCAGCAGAAGGUGCCGAAGAUACUGCAGAAGGUGCUAAAGACACCGCGGAAGACGCCGUGCCCGAUGAGGCUGAAGAUGCAGCAGGUGACGCUACCGAUGGCGUGGAAGAUGCAGCAGGUGACGCUACCGAUGGCGUGGAAGAUGCAGCAGGAGACGCUACCGAUGGCGUGGAAGACGCAGCCGAGGACGCCGAAGAUCAGGCUGAAGGCGCAACAGAUCAACUUCCAGAACCUGAUCUAUCCCUACUCAAAGGACUCGAAGUCGGUGAGGGAGGUGAGGUCCUUGAUCAACAAGGCAACCCCAUCGGUCAAGUUGAGGAAGGUGAUCCUGAAGAUCUCGUUGGUCAAACUAUCGGUGACGACGGUGAGAUCCUUGAUGAAGAUGGAGAUGUUAUUGGUCGCGUGGGAAUUCUGCCAGAAAAGGCUCAAGAGCUUGCCGACAAAGCUAAAGAAGGUCUUCCAGGCGUGAAUGUUCUCGAAGGUCUAGAGGUUGGCGAGAAUGGCGAGAUCUUGGGACCUGACGGCACACCGCUUGGCAAAAUCACAGAUGGCAACCCAGAGGAUCUUGUCGGACUAACGCUCAAUGAAAAUGGCGAGAUAGUCGAUGAAGAUGGUGAAAUUAUUGGCCGCGCUGAAGUCGUACCCGGUGAAGCCGCAGACAAACUCAAGCAAGAAGCAGAGGAGGCUGGCGAAGAGGCCGGCGAAGGGGCCGGCGACCAACUAGGUGAUGUUGCUGGCGGUUUGAAACCCGACCUCUCAAUCCUCGCAGGAAAGAAGGUCAACAAGAAGGGCAAGAUUCUCGACGAAGAAGGCGAGCCAAUUGGGCAGCUUACAGAGGAUUCUGAUCCUGCGAAAUGCGCUGGAAAAUUGCCCAAUGAAGACGGCCUCAUCAUUGACGAAAACGGAGACAUCGUCGGUAAGGUCGAGAUUGUUGAAGGAGAGGCCGCCAACGAAGCCAUGAAGGCUUUACACCCAGAGCUAGUGAAACAACUCGAAGAAGCUGGGGAAGGAGCCGGUGACGAAGCCGGUGAGGACGUCGACGAAGCUGCUGAAGGCGUUGAAGAGCCUGAAAUCCCAGGAUUACCCGGACUUGACAUUCUAGAAGGGCUUAAAGUCAACAAGAAGGGCGAAGUUCUUAACGAGGACGGCGAACCUAUUGCGAAGCUUUCUGAAGGAGAGCUUGCCGAUUGCCAAGGAAAGAAGUUGAAUGCCAACGGUGAGGUGUUGGAUCAAGAUGGAAACGUCAUCGGCAAGGUCGAGCUCAUCCCUGAGGCAUUCCCUGAAGUUGCAGAAGCAGCUGAACAGGCUGAUCUCAAGGUACUUGAGGGCCUCAAAGUCAACAAGAAGGGCGAGGUUGUUAAUGAAGACGGCGACCCCAUUGCGCGCUUGGUGGAGGGCGAACUUGACGAUGUCAUCGGCAAGAAGAUCAAUGAGAAGGGAGAGGUCCUUGACAGCGAAGGCAACGUUAUUGGCAAAGUCGAAUUAAUACCCUCACCCGAAGAGGAAGCCGCACCAGAAGGUGAGAAAGGUGAGGAGGGACCCGACUUUUCGGGUCUGGAAGGCUACAAAGUCAACAAAAGCGGUAAGGUCGUCAACGAGGACGGUGAGAACUUGGCUACCUUGGUCGAAGGUGAACUGGACGACUGCGCUGGCAAGAAACUCAAUGCCAAGGGCGAAGUGCUUGAUGCCGAAGGCAACGUCAUCGGAAAGGUUCAGUUAGAAGGUGCAGAGGAGGAAGCGGAGGAUGAGGGACCCGAAUAUCCACCUCUUUCCAUCCUGGAAGGCCUCAAAUGCAACAAGAACGGCAAGAUUGUCGACUCCGAAGGCACCCCUCGAGGUGAACUUGUUGAAGGUGACGCCAAGAAGCUCGCCAAAUCGGGUGCCGAGUGUGAUGCCGAAGGUCAAUUCUGGGACGGAAAAGGCAAAGUCAUCGGCCGCGCAGUCACCUUGCCAGUCACACCCGAGGAGGAAGAGGCUCCAUUCGCUGGCCUUGAGGGUCUCAUCGUUGUUGACGGUGGCUUUGUUGAGGACGAGAACAAGAACAAAGUCGGUCAACUUGUUGAGGGUGAUCCUGUGAAAUUGGUUGGACGUGCAGUGGACGAAGAUGGAGAUGUGAUCGACAAACAUGGCAACAUUGUUGGUCACGCAGAGCGGCUUCCCGAGGAAGAAAUUGAGGAGCCUCUAGAUCUUUCCAUCCUUAAGGGUCUGGCAGUCAAUAAGCAAGGCAACGUCAUUGGUCCGGAUGGUGUUCCCAUUGGCAGACUUGUGGAAGGAAACGCAAAGGAACUUGCUGGCAAGGUGUGCGACGAAGAAGGCCAGAUAUGGAACGAUCAAGGCCAAGUCAUUGGUCGUUGCGAAGUCAUUCCGCCUGAGGAGCGGGAGGCCAAACCUGAGGGUGAUUUCGCUGGUCUAGAGGGUUGCAUCGUUGUCAAAGAUGGUAAGGUCGAAGACGAGGAAGGUAAUCUCGUUGGUGAAGUGGUCGAAGGUGAUCCAAAGAAACUUAUUGGCCGUGCCGUUGACGAAGACGGCGACAUCAUUGACAAGUACGGUAACGUGAAAGGUCAUGCUAUACGUUAUGAGGAGCCAGAAGAAGAGAUUGCCGACCUAUCAUCACUAGAGGGCAAGGUUGUCAACAAGAGUGGUAACGUUGUCGAUGAGCAUGGCACAAUCUAUGGCCGAAUCGCAGAGGGAGAUCCCAAAGAAUUGGCUGGCAAGAAAGUCGACGGACAGGGCCAGAUCUGGAGUGAUAACGGCAAAGUAAUUGGCCAGGCUGAGCUCAUUCCAGGCGGUGGCACCCAGAAACCCGAGGGACCAUUCACUGGUUUUGAGAACUUGGUCGUGGCGAAAGACGGCUACGUCACCGACGGCUCCGGACAGACUGUCGGUAUCUUGGACGAGGAUACUAUGCCAGAAGCCGACAAGCUUCUUGGUCGCGCAGUCGAUGCGGACGGUGACAUUCUUGAUACUAGCGGUAAUCCCAUCGGCCACGCCGUUCGUUGGAAAGAGGACGAGAAGGAGCGGAAAAUUAACCCCAUGUCUGGCCACAAGGUCAACAAGGAUGGUGAAGUUCGUGACGAAAACGGUGAAUUACUCGGUGUUGUCACUGACGGUCACCUCCCCACUUUGAUUGGCAUGGAAGUCGACGACAACGGCUACGUGAUCGACCAAGACGGCAACAAAGUCGGAGAGUGCACACUUAUCCAAAAUCUUCCAGACGAUGAGCCAGAAGAGGAAUUAUCAGAAGAAGAGCUCCUUCGACGGAAGAAUGCCGAAAUCGCAAAGAAAAUGAACGGCAUCGUCGUCCAAACAAUCGAAAAAAUGCAACCCAUCUGCAAAGACAUCACAGACCUCAUCGAAGCAGCCGAGCGCAAACCAAAAGAAGAGCUCGACGAAGAAGAACUCGUCAAGCAAGUCAAGCCCAAGAUCGAAGAAGGCAACCGCAUCCUCCAAGAAUGCAACGGUGCGCUCCGCGGCCUGGACCCUGACGGCUCCGUCGCCGCCUCAGCCAAAGAACGCGCCGCGUCGGGCGAAGCCACCAAAGAAGAGCAUCAACUUGCCAACUCGCUGAAAGAACUCACCAGCACGAUCGUCACGACGAUCGAGAACGCGAAGAAGAAGAUCGCGGAUAUGCCACACGCCAAGAAGGAGCUGAAUCCGCUGUGGUAUCUGCUCAGCGAGCCGCUAUUCCAGAUUAUUGCGGCCGUCGGGCUGUUGUUGAGUGGUGUGCUUGGUCUGGUCGGCAAGCUACUCAAUGGCCUUGGACUUGGUGGGCUUGUUAACGGCUUGUUGGGUGGAUUGGGCAUCGAUAAGUUGCUUGGUGGUCUGGGACUGGGGAGUAUAGGCAAGAGCUUGGGCUUGGGAGGGGGGAAGAAGUGA